UUCCCUUUUGCUCGUAUGGAAAAGAGCAGCUUGACCUGAAGGGCACUGCUCCUGUUCGCCUUUCUCCCGUUCCAGAAGAAGGGCUUUGUGCAGGAGAACAGCCCCCAGGGUGGGCCAGGAAAAAUGUGUUUUAUCUCAGAGCCAGGAGUCCCGGCUGCUGCUCACAGUCCCAUAAGGUUGCUCGGAAGUCACUGCCAGGCUGUCCCUCUUUUCCCUUCUAUAGGUACACCUGCCUAUGGAAAACAGUGCUUGCAUGGUGCUGGAUGAAUGUUUGAUCUGCUGAGCUGGGAGCAGGAAAGCUGCCCAUGUGAUGCCCAAGUUCAGGCUCUGCAGAGCGCUCCCUGUCUGCUCUCCUGCAUCCUGGUUGCCUCUGUCAUCCUGUUUAUUUAUCAUGAGGGCUGAUUAACUGUGCAAACCCCUUAUCCCUUUGCUCAGCUAAAGCUCUGUCUAGGAGAGAUGGGUGGAGGGGGCCAGUUGUAUCCCGUAAUCCAACACAUGAUAGAAAUAAAUAAAUAAAAAGAAAGACAAAGAGCCCCUUCAGAGCAGAGCCCUGCAAAUUGAAUUUGCCAGUAGGAAACUCCAGCUAUUUGCAAACAAUUAGCAAAAAAAAAAAACUGAAUUAGCAAAAACUGAUUAUAAAGGAAGAUGAGGAAAUGGAGAGGAGGGAGAUGACCCUGCCAGGGCUCCAUGUCUUGUUCUGCAGCCAGCUGUGCUCCCUGCUCCGUUGCUGUGCAGCAGGAGGGGCCGUGCUCUUCCUCGCUGCUGCUGGUGCCAGGGACCACUUUGAUGUUAAAACCGUGCUGAGUGAUAAAGAUGUUGUGCAAAGGACAGAGGCUAUGGCUUCCUCCUCUCUCCUUGCAGGGUUGUGGCCAGCUGCUUCCAGAUGUGUUAAAUUUGCCCCCCUGAGCCACGUGGAUGGACUUUGCUGCUUUCAGCCCUGCCAGCACAGUGUCAUUCUGUGUCUACAGGCUGGAAUGUUUCCUGCUAAACCCAGAGUGCCGCUACCUGGCAAGUUCCUCCAAGGAUGGCAGCAUCCGCAUCUGGGACACACUGAUGGGCAGGUGCGACAAGAUCCUCACGAGCCACACGCAGUCGGUGACAUGUGUGAAGUGGGGAGGUGAUGGCUUGCUCUACUCCUCCUCCCAGGACAGGACCAUCAAAGUCUGGAGGAGCCAAGAUGGGGUCCUCUGCCGCACCUUGCAGGGCCACGCUCACUGGGUGAACACCAUGGCCCUUAGCACUGACUACGUUCUGCGCACCGGGGCCUUCGAACCUGCUGAGGCCACCAUCAACCCACAGGAUGUACGUGGCUCCUUGGCAGAACUGAAGGACAAGGCACGGCAGAGGUAUGACCAAGUCAGGGGCCAGGAACCAGAAAGGCUUGUCUCAGGGUCAGAUGAUUUCACGCUGUUUCUUUGGAGACCAGCAGAAGACAAGAAGCCACUGGAGAGAAUGACAGGCCACCAGGCUCUCAUUAACCAAGUCCUCUUCUCACCAGACGCCCGGAUAAUAGCUAGUGCUUCCUUUGACAAGUCCAUAAAGCUCUGGGAUGGCAGGACAGGAAAGUACCUGACGUCGCUGCGAGGGCACGUCUCAGCCGUGUAUCAGAUCGCCUGGUCAGCUGACAGCCGCUUGCUGGUGAGCGGGAGCAGUGACAGCACGCUCAAGGUCUGGGAUGCCAAGAUGAAGAAACUGGCUAUUGAUCUUCCUGGCCAUGCAGAUGAGGUUUAUGCAACGGAUUGGAGCCCGGAUGGACAGAGGGUAGCAAGUGGAGGGAAGGACAAGUGUUUGCGGAUAUGGCGUCGCUAGGAGCAGUGACAUGAAGCUGCUGGUCCCAUCCUAAGUUGGGCUGCCCUUGGUACAGGCUGGGAGAUCCACAAGGUGAUGGAUGACAGAGGCUGACCCAAGCACGACUCCCUGUUCCUAUUGGCUACUCUUCCUCACGGACUCUUUCCUUAUAUUUAUUUAAGGAAAUUUUAAUUUUAGUUCUCAUUAAGAGCUGUGUUUUGCAGUAUGGUUUCCUCUGAUCAUUACAGGAGGGAUAUCUCAUCUGCCUCCAUCUCAACUGGCUUUUUAUUGAAAUUUCAUGUUUACAGUAGCCUGCUGCCUUGAAAGGGGCAAGCAAAGGGUGAGGAUGGCUCCUACCCCUUCUUGCUUUGUGAAGAAUCCUGCAUAGAAAAAGCUUCUAGUGCAACAGACAGGGUUGUCCUUGUGUGACCUUCAGAGAGGGAGAAAGGAAGGGGAAAAUUCAGCACAUCGUUACAUUGCAGAAUUGUGCUCUGCUGCAUGCCUGGGAGAAAGAUCUGCUGAGAAUAACGUCUUAAGGCUUCCCGUUAUUGCAGUAAGGUUUUGCCUUUCCAUAGCUCAUUUCCCUGUGGGCUGUGCUGAGCAUUAUCUGUUACUGAUCUUCUGCAUCCACAGGAGAGAACUCAUUCACUUGUGUUCAGGGUGCAACAGGUAUGAACUUCAAAUGACUGAUGGAACUGUGCUGAGUUUUCAGGGCUCAGUGGCUCUUGGAAAUGGGGAAAUGAGGCAGUUGUGCCUCUAGAUAGGGAAGAGAGUGCCUGUUUCCCAUCCACUGCUGGCUCGAGAGGAAGGAAGGAAGGGGUGGGGAAGGGGAAGAAUGGAGCAGGCAUUUUGGGUGGUGGUUGUCCCUUGCCCUGGAUACAUGCUGACAGCAGGGCUGGGACUGUCACAGUAAAUGGCAAAACCUCCAUUGCAGAGAGUUGGCUCCUUCUGGAAUUUGAGUGCAUUUACUUGCCCAGUGGGUGAGAGGGAUUCAUACUGUCAGAUAUAUAUUUGUAAGGUUGCUUUUGAGCCUUUUUGUAAGUCACUUCAGGCUUCCAACAAUCAUGAGGUGAAUAGACCUGAUCUAGUGAUUAUUUCCAGUGUUAUUACUUGCAAAACAGUAAAAAUCAAGAUGUGGUUAUUGAAGAGUUGAAAUUAUAUUGUCAGAUUAGGGGCAGCAAGCUAGCAUGAAGGUUAAAACGUUCUCCAUAGCCCUCAUACUGCAGUUGCUACCCAGUGAUUACUACAACUCGGAACAGGAGUAUGGCUUUCAUGCUUCCCAGCUGCAGAAGAUGCAUUUUAGGACUUUAUUCCUGCUGGCAGGAUUGCUUUGGAGAAUUAAGAAAGGAUGGUGCAGUAAUGGCUGUUUGCUUGUCUGCAGUUGUUCAGUUGAGCAAAAGACUCGAACAAAGGGUUAAAUCUUUAAUAUGACUGAGCACACAAGUUGUGGUUCCUGUUGUUGGUAUCUCUUUCUGCCAGCCAAGUCAGCAGGCUCUAUCUUCGUGGGAUCUUUUGGGAAGAACUCAAUAUCCUGUACCUGCUCUUUCAUUCAUGUGCUUCCUCCAGCUGGUUCUUGCUGACAGUGAAGGCUAUGUUGCAUCUAUCUGCAUAAACAAAACCUUUCUUAAUUCACUAAGGUAAACGUUGCAGGAUAGGGUGGUUUGAAACUGUAGGUGAUAAUUCUGCCUCCCCAGACUGCCGUGCCCUUGGGAAGGAGGAGCACACAUGUGGCUGACCGGUCUCUGGUGGCAGCUGAGGAGCUGCCUGUUUUGCACUUGUUUUGAGCUACUUGUACUAAAGGAAAUGAUCCACCCUUGGAGUUCUGCUCUGUGUCCCCAGGUUUGACUUGCUGAUAGUGGCAGCUUCUACAGCUGCUGGUAGAAUGUGGCUUGCUCAGAGGGAAGAAGCAUCGAUCUCUGCUUCCUCUCCCAAAGUGCACGUGGUCACUGUGCCCUGUGAAUCCACAGGGUGUUUUGUGUUAGAACUAGGGAUGCACUUCAGUUAGGGGAAGUGAUCCUGUCUAGCGGGGGACUGGGUUGGCUUCGUGUGUAUGUGUGCCUAAAGAGUACUUCCUCAUCCGCUGAUUUUCAAACCAAACAAUUGCUGUGCCCUCUGGCCAUGCUCCAAACGUCCGCCAGCUCCUGCCAUCCCUUCAGACAGCUGCUGUGACACAGCCUGAUUAAAACCCGCCUUCCUAGUGCUGGAGCAGAAAGGUUUUCCAAAGCAAAGAGAGACCUCUUGAAGAAAGAGAGGGCCUUGCAACAAAGUUUACACCAAAAUGCACUAUCUUGGCCUUAAUCUUUCUUUGACCUGGUAGUGGGUAGAUUUUGAACCAGGCUAUGUGAUGGCUUUGCACGUAGACCAAAUCUAAUUUUCCUGUCUUAAGCAGCUGCUACUAUUUUUAUCAUUCAUACAGCACCAGCCUUCAUGCAUACUAAGUGCUGGCCCCGUUCCAGCUGUAUUCCUAAGCAAUCCCGUAACACUCCUCCCAGUUUUAUUUGAAUGCAGCAUUUCCCGGGCCUUGCUCUGCAGUCUCCUGCCAGCUGUCAUGCAUUGGGGAAGAGCUGCUGCCCUUCACUUCAGAGGUGGCUCUUUUUUUGGCAGGAGGUGAAGCAGGCGCGUGACCUCCCUCACUCUGCUGGCGAUGGUGAUGUGAGCUUUAAUUAGCUAACUUUGAGAAUUGCAGAUGCAGAUUUGGGUUGAUGGUGUUAGUAAUGGGGGAAGACGUUUAAAGGGCAAAUCUAGAAGGUAGGCUGGAGCUUUCUGACUGCUUUUUCUGGGAACUGCAUCAUUAACCUUACAAAAACCUUCUGAAACACCUGAACUUUUCCAGUACUGUGUGAUAGGAAUCUCAGUACCUGCUGCUGUGUAUCAGUCUAGUUUCUCCUGAGUUACUUGUUAAGCCUACCACACAGGUAUGCCUACCACAAGGGUGUUAUUUUGCACUGGUAAUAUAAGAAUAAUUUUAAGCAUAUCCAGAAACUAUUAGUCCCAUGAGCCCUCUGACACUUUGUUCUUUAAAAGCUGUGAUAGCUCAGCUGAUGCCACCAUUAAUUUUGUUACAAAUGGAAGGGUCGUGAUGAUAAGGACUGGGAAACAAGCCAGUCCUCAGAGAAGGGUUUACCUGUCUAAUAAAUUCCUGGGUUAUGAUGGAGGGAGAAAAGGAAGGAGAGAAGAAAAUUGUAAGAACGCCUAGAAUGAAGGAGACUGUUUGGGAUAGCACUGAGAUGAGCAGACAGUGCCAGAGUCCUGCCUUUGGGGGUUGAUUUAGGUAAGUGAGGCCUUAGCAUCCUCACAAAAACCCUUUUUCGGGCUGUGUGUUCUGGUUAUCCAUGCUGGAGGGCUGGCCAAGUGGAGUACACAUUGUGCUCCCUGGGUCCUUGGAGGCAUGUGUUCAUGUCCUGCUCAACUCAGCUGAUCUUUUUGAUUAUUUUCCCAGAUUAGAAAUUUAACUUCCAUGUGCAUUGCCUGGGGGAAGAUAGAAAAAAUUUUUCAACGAACAGGAAGAAAAUACUCUUCAUUCAUUGUUAUGCGUGAACAUUAGGAAUAGCAGUUGUCUUUCUGCUUUUCUUUGGGCCAACCCAGGUGCCAUUCAGGUGAUGUUUCCACCUCAGAAAGGCCUGCGUUUCGGUGGUGUGGCAGAAAAGGGCUUGCUGGGAAGACCAUUAGCACUUUUGAGGAUGAAAUGUGUUAUGGAAACCCAGAGCAGUGAUGUCUGUGUUCUGGACAGCUGCUACCACAUGAAAGCAUACUUCUGUGUACUCAGACAACCAACCUGGAAGGUGCCAAUUCCUUCCUAGAUUUGUUGCUCUUGUGACCAUGAGUCCUGGCUCACAUCUGAGGGUCUAAUUUGUCUGAACCAGAGUAGUGCAGCUGGAGGGAGCCAUAAAUGCAUCUCCAGUGCUGUUAUUCUGUGUUUUCUUCACUCUGACCCUGUAAAUCAGUGGUCCUUGCUGAGCUGGAGGUCACUGGUGGUCUCUGUCAGUGGGCUGCGGGUCUUGCACAGUAUGAUGUUUAAAAUAAAACAAACUUGGGGACAGUACUCUGUGCUUUUGAAGGAUCACUGCAGUCAAUGAGACAUGGUACUGGUGCCCGCUGCCUGGCCAUGCUUUUUGAGCGCACUGGGUGUUCUACUGUCCUGCUGCGUUGCUUGUCACAGCAGAGCAGUGCAUCCCUCUGAGUGCUGCAGGGCUGCCAGCACUAAAUGGUGAAUAUCUGUGUGUAUUUCUUGGAUGAGGGAGGAGCUGCACGAGCCCCAUGGGGUUAUCCUUCAUCGCUCUCCCAACAUCUCAAGUAAUUCAGUCCAUUCUGUCUCUGACCUCUUUCAGCAGCAAAAGCAAAUGAAGGUGCUGUUUGUAAAUAAGUUUAUUGUAGUCCACUGGUGCUGGAAAUACUGACAUGUAGAAGCUCUACCAGAUGCUAAUCAAGGACCCAGCUCAAAUGAGUGACCUGCAUGCAAAUCCCACAGUCCUUAUGUAUUUCAGACAUCAGCUCUCCAGAUCCCAUUCAAAUGCCAGUGCGAGGCAGCGUGUUUAGUUAUUCUGGUCAAACCUCCCUGCUGCUCCUGGCUGUUUUGUCCUUGCUGUGCUGAAACAAACCUGCUCGAGGGCUUCAGCCCCAUUACGAGGACAAAAGGACAUCAGACGUUCUACCAGAGGGAAAUGUGUCUCAGUUUUGAAGUGUAAUGCACAUUGGGUGGCUUAGAAAUUCCUGUAGUGGUUUUCUCUGUCCAAAAGGCAUAUUUCUGGGUUAUUUUAAUUUUUUUUUUUUUUAGCUUCCCUAAAACGUAGCUUGUGACAUUGACUUUGAGGCAAGGAUACAUGCUGAUGCUGAGAGGAUUAAUAGUGAAUAUGAGAAUUGGUGGAUGGCAAUAAACAGCCAAUUCUCAGGGAAAUUAUUUUCUGAAUUGGAAUAUUUAACACGUUGAGACUUGUGGGCUUUUCCUAGGUUUAAAGGGGCACUGUGAAUGCACACUAGAAAGUGUCUGUAUUACUACCAACACCUUAAUUUAUCAUUAACUUGGAAUGUUUUUACAUCUCAUAUAUUCCUUUUCAUGGGGGUAUUCUGAGCCACUGAAAUUACUUGGUCAGAUUCACUUUCUCAGUUUUGUUUGCUAGGGUAGUGCCAUGAACGGAUUUUGGAUAGGAGCUCAGAACUUCAGAAAACAAAGUGGGGGAUCAUGUCUUGAGGGGUUUUAAAACCCUUUGGUUCUCUUUGGCACAAAACAGAUGUCUUGGGAUUCUUCUGAUGUCUUCAUAUAAUGUCUAGAGCUUAAAAUGUCCUUCAUAAAGUUGUCAGUAUUCCCUUAA